AUGACCAGAGCAAAAACCCACAACAUCCUCGUCCUCCCCGGCGACGGCAUCGGCCCUGAAAUAAUGGCCGAAGCCACCAAAGUCCUCUCCGCGUUCAACACAUCCACGGUGCAGUUUAAUCUCCGCUCGGAGCUGAUUGGCGGCUGUAGUAUCGACCUCCACGGCAAAUCGAUUACGGAUGCCGUCAAGGAGGCGGCUCUGGCCUCGGACGCGGUGCUGUUCGGUGCCGUUGGGGGUCCGAAAUGGGAUAACAUGCGGAAGGGGCUGGAUGGACCGGAAGGUGGACUGCUGCAGCUGCGGAAGGCGAUGGAUAUCUAUGCGAAUUUGAGGCCGUGUUCGGCGAAUUCGCCGAGUCGGAAUGUGGCGAGGGAGUUUAGUCCGUUUCGGCAGGAUGUGAUUGAGGGCGUGGAUUUCGUGGUGGUGAGGGAGAAUUGUGGCGGAGCGUAUUUUGGGAGGAAGGUUGAGGAGGAUGGAUAUGCCAUGGACGAAUGGGCCUACUCCACCCCCGAAAUCGAGCGCAUCACUCGUCUCUCCGCCGAACUGGCUCUCCGUCACGACCCCCCUUGGCCCGUCAUCUCCCUGGACAAGGCGAAUGUGCUCGCGUCCUCGCGGCUCUGGCGCCGGGUUGUUGAAAAGACCAUGGCGACGGAGUAUCCGCAGGUGAAGCUGGUGCAUCAGCUGGCCGACUCCGCGUCGCUGAUCCUGGCGACGAACCCCCGGGCAUUGAACGGCGUCAUACUGGCUGAUAAUACCUUUGGAGAUAUGAUUUCGGAUCAGGCAGGGUCUAUCGUUGGGACGUUGGGCGUGUUGCCGAGUGCGAGUUUGGAUGGGUUGCCUUCUGAGAGCCGGAGAAAGACACAUGGGCUGUAUGAACCGACUCAUGGGUCGGCGCCUACGAUCGCCGGCAAGAAUAUCGCCAACCCUGUGGCUAUGAUUCUCUGCGUGGCGUUGAUGUUCCGGUAUUCUUUAGACAUGGAGAAUGAAGCACAGCAAAUCGAAGAAGCUGUGCGGACAAUUCUAGACGCUGGGGUUCGCACGCCAGAUUUAGGUGGAAAGGCUAGCACGACAGAGGUGGGAGAUGCGAUUGUUACUGUGCUGCGUGGGGAGACAUUGUAG